AUGUCUUUCAUUAACUUGAACUUGUCUUUAAUGAUUGUGGCUGUGCUAUUAUUGAGCACUACAAUGGCUCAAUCUCCAGCUUCAUCUCCAAUCAAAUCCAAGUCACCGAGAAAAGCAAUCUCCCCGUCAUCAUCUGCCGUGAUUCCACCACCCGCUUCUUCUCCUGCCUCCGGAGGUUCUCCUCCUGAACAAUCGGCAUCUUCUCCGGUGAUCUCUCCUUCUUCCAUCUCUGGUCCACCAUCUGAAGCGCCAGGACCUGCUUCCAACGCUGUCGUUUUGAACAGAGUCUCUGUUGCUGCUGGAUCUGCGCUUCUGAUUUUUGUAGCUGCUUUGAUCUUCUAG